UGUGUGUGUGUGUGUUUGUCUUUGUGUGUGUGUGUGUGAAUGUGCUGUUUGUGUGUGUAUGUACGUAUGCGUGUCCGUCCUUCCUACGUGUCUACAUUACCGUCGCUCAGUCUGAAAGAAUUCCAAAUACAUCUAUAAGUUUAUACAGGGAAGCACUGAUAAUUUUCCACUCUUUUUAUACACCAGACUCUACUUGUGAAACAUCGUGUUAUCAGUAUGUGGCGAAUUCUGUGUAAGAUUUUAUCUGUAGGUUAACGGAAAAUUCUCAGUUGAAUCCAAGACGACAUUCAGAACACAACUUAUUUCAAUUUCAAAUGCAUUGGGGACAGACUUUGUUGAAUAUGCAACUGAUAGUUCUGAAAACACUUUUUGUUACCAUAUUAUUUGUGAAUCCAACAGAACCUGCCAUUGGCCAGAAAUGCUCAAGGAACGACAGCUGUUCACGCCUCUCGGAGGAGUGUGUCGAGGGAUCGUGUAUUUGCAAGGAAAAUGCGGUUUUAAUGUUAGACCGGUACUCUCUUGUUCCUAAGUGUUUACUGUCUUCAUCAAAACCUUGCGAAACUGACAACUGUCCAGAAAAUAGUAAAUGUUCUGACGAUAAAACUUGCAAAUGUGAUUAUGGAUAUCUCAACGUUGACGGAAAAUGUCAAAAAGGAAAAUUUCAAGAAAUCCUCGAGCCUUGCUUUGUCGAGAACGGGGAGAUUUUCUCGUGUAAUUUCUAUAAACGCAGCCUGUGCAUGUCAGGAAAAUGCGUUUGCUUUGAUGCGUUCUUCUUAGAUAAAACCAGUGGUACGUGCAAACCCCAGGCUGAAUUCCUUAAGGCUAAUAAUCUUACAGAAUAUCGUGUCAUGCCUGGUAACUACUGCAAGAAUGACUCAGAUUGCAUUGAAGGAUUAUCUUGCGUAGAUUUUGAGUGUGCUUGCCCAGGGUCCUGUAAAUACAAGGAGGAAAAGUCACUCUGCGACUGUGGUGCCGUUAGAAUUCCCUAUGACCCUAUAAUCCUUGGCAUUAUCCUUGGCUUAGUGAUCCUAGAGUUUUGGAGGCGAAUGAUCAGAAGGACUAUAAAUAGACACAAGACAAGUGUUAUACGAGCUGCACUUGCUAGACGGAAAACGACCACCGACCCUAUGGAAUUAAACCCACUUCAAACCUAGAUAAUAUUCGCUAGAGACUAAUAUAAUCUUUACUAGCGUCUUAACCCUCUUCUGUUCAAAUAGAUAAAUUUUGGGAUUAGCUACAGAACAUCAGUGUUGUGUAAGGAAAGGUACUGCGUCGAUAAAUUUCGUGAUUUGAUUCAGUACACGUGUGAUGUAAGUAAAUGUAAUAUGUCAGUAAACAAAUAAAACAACAAACACUUUACCGGACAUCCUCGUUCCAAAUCCUACCCGAUCCAACUGUCAUCGCAAGUACAAAGCAAGUACAAAGACACCAAACCAUUGCCUAAGUAAUGUUUCCUUUGUGUACGUGCCUUGUCAACACGAGGAUCCAAAAGAGACCACUUUAAUAAGACACCAUAACUUUGCUUUAUGUACUCCCCGUACCAUCCUUGGGCACAAAUGCUGGCAACGGUUUCGGUGACAUUGUGAAACUGACUAUGUAGAUUAUAGUGUACUGUAUGCAAUAUGCAAUAUUAUUUAUGUAAUAUUAUUUACCGAUUAAAGAGAGAAAAAAGUAA